UGCAGUCGCGCAAUGGAGAAAGCAGUGACAUUAGUUGCAUAUAGGUUAUUUGUCGUUCUGUCGAUUUUACUUCUACCAAAUGUAUCAGAGGCAGAACCAAGAUCUCAGACGGUCCAGAUCAUAUGUAGUACGCAACUUGAACAUAAUACAACAACUUUUGUCCCGAAUUUUGUUGCCACAAUGGAGAAGAUAAGUGAUCAAAUGAGAACUCAAGGCUAUGGAAUUGCACUCACCGGGAGUGGACCGGAUGCUAACUAUGGACUAGCACAGUGUUAUGGGGAUCUUUCUUUACUUGACUGUGUCCUAUGCUAUGCUGAAGCUCGAACUGUCCUUCCUCAAUGUUUUCCUUUCAAUGGAGGUCGAAUUUAUCUAGAUGGAUGCUUUAUGCGGGCUGAGAAUUACACGUUUGAUCACCAGUAUUUAGGACCUGAGGACAGACAUGUUUGUGGAAAUAGAACCAGAAAGGAUUCUUUGUUCCAACAAACGGCUAGGCGGGCUGUUCAGCAGGCGGUUACUAAUGCACCUAACAAUAAUGGCUAUGCCCGUGCUGAAUUGGCAGUGCCUGGGGCAACGAACGAGACAGCUUAUGUCCUAGCUGAUUGCUGGAAAACACUGAGUGCUAACUCGUGCCGAGCCUGUUUGGAAAAUGCAUCUGCCUCUAUGAUGGGGUGCUUACCAUGGUCAGAAGGACGAGCGUUGUACACUGGAUGCUUCCUGAGGUACUCGGAUAUUAAUUUUCUUAAUGCCAUUGCUAGCAGUGAAGACUCAUCGCCAAAUGUGGUAGUGAUUGUAAUUGCUGUUGUUAGUGCUGUGGUCGUCUUCGUACUGGGAGCUAUUAUCGCCUUUUAUAUGUGGAAGAACAAACAAAUACAGAAGAAGAGAAAAGGUUCCAAUGAUGUGGAGAAGUUAGUGAAGACCCUUAACGACAGCAGCCUGAACUUCAAGUAUUCAACUCUUGAGAAAGCCACCGCAUCUUUUGAUGAGGCGAACAAGCUCGGGCAAGGUGGAUUUGGCACAGUUUAUAAGGGAGUUCUACAAGACGGGAGAGAGAUAGCUGUCAAAAGGCUGUUCUUCAACAACAAACACAGAGCUGCAGAUUUUUACAAUGAAGUCAAUAUUAUUAGCAGUGUUGAGCACAAAAAUCUAGUAAGGUUAUUAGGAUGCAGCUGUUCUGGACCUGAAAGCCUUCUUGUAUAUGAGUUCCUCCCGAACCAGAGUCUUGAUCGGUUUAUCUUUGACUCUACCAAAGGCAAAACAUUGAAUUGGGAGAAAAGAUUUGACAUCAUUAUAGGGACUGCAGAAGGCUUGGUGUACCUCCACGAAAACAAUAGAACGAGGAUUAUUCAUAGAGAUAUAAAAGCCAGCAAUAUCCUGUUGGAUUCGAGGCUCAGAGCAAAAAUUGCUGAUUUUGGGUUGGCCAGGUCUUUCCAAGAAGACAAGAGUCACAUAAGCACCGCUAUAGCUGGGACUUUAGGUUAUAUGGCACCAGAAUACUUAGCUCAUGGUCAAUUAACUGAAAAGGCAGAUGUUUACAGCUUUGGUGUUCUUUUAUUGGAGAUUGUUACCGGAAGGCAGAAUAACAGAAGCAAAAACACUGAAUACUCUGACAGUUUAAUUUCCAUUACGUGGCAGCAUUUUCAGCAUGCGAGAGUAGAGGAACUGUUUGAUCCAAAUCUAAUGCUGCACAACUAUCACACAAGCAAUGUAAAAAAGGAGGUUUUAAGAGUGGUACAUGUAGGACUUUUGUGCACACAAGAGAUUCCGGGAUUAAGACCGUCUAUGUCUAAGGCAUUGCAGAUGCUAGUAAAGAAAGAAGAAGAGUUACCUGCACCAACUAAUCCUCCCUUUGUAGAUGAGAAAACUAUGGAGCUUCAUGACCCUUGGGAUACCCCAUCUCAUCCCCAUGGAGAUGAUUCAGCUUCAAUUGCAAACAUUUCUCACAGCUCAUUCUACCCCAGAUGAUGUUUCAGUUUCCUCAAACUGAGACAUG